GGUUAGAUCCCUCGAGUGCGCGACUGUUGAGCAUUUUAAACUCACAUCAUCACAUUACAAAAAUUUAUAUAUUGUGGAUUGUGCUUCGCCUCACGAUGUCGGAAGAGCGUAGUCGAGUUAUAUUGUGGACUACACCCCGAGGUUCAUCCACGGUGUUUGCCUUGUCGAUGAGUCACAUACCCGAGAUCGAAAUGUGGAUGGAGCCUUUCGGGUAUGCCGGCAUCGCUGCACUCAACGCGAAGAUCGAAGAAAGGACAGUUCUUCCCAGGGACCAUAAAGGCAACGAACAGCUCUUCGAGAAAGUUGCCCGACAUGUCAGCGCAGCAAUGGACAGAGCCUUCGUCCCCGAGACGCUCUCGUACCAGAGCGUUAAAGAACGGCUCGAACGGACAACUGCAAAACACGUCUUUGUCAAGGAUAUGGCCUACGGGAUGCCUGAUGGCGACGUUACUCGGUAUAUACCUAGCGGCUACCGGCACUCGUUCCUUAUUCGUAACCCCGAUUUGGUAUAUCCUGGAGUCCACAAGAUGUAUUACCCCCAUUUCAAAGCCAUUAACCGGUUACUCCCUGACGAAAAGGACGAAGCUAGCUUUGACGUCAGGAACCACAACGAGCUAGGAAUACACGAAAAUUACUUUAAGGAGUUGCAUGCCCUGUGGCGCUAUAUCCUCAAGGAGGUGGACCCGGAGGCAGUUGUCCUUGACUCGUCCGACCUGCUCAACGAUCCGGGUCGCGUUCUUCCUCGAUGGUGCGAGGCAGUGGGGCUGCCUUUAAUGCUUCGAUGCUAUCGUGGCCGAAACCAAAGGUGGAAGAAAUUGGCAGGUGGAACUGGGGAUGCGCCUGGACAGCAGAACAGGUCUCUUUAA